AUGACGCCACACAUCACGCAGGUCGACGAAUGCACAUUCUGGUCGAACUUGAGGGUAGUCCUUGUGCAUAGGGCCACCAGAACAGAGCACCAGCCGAUCAAGCACUUUCAGGGCAUGUGCCAGGUCAUGGACGCUUGCGAUCUUGAUGCCGUCGAUGGUCAAGAGGAUUAUGUGAAACUCGUCGAAUUAUUCUGCGCAACUAACAAGUUGGAAAAGGACUCCGAAAAGAAAGCUGUGUUAACCAGCUGCUGUGGGCGAGCAACGUACGCCCUAAUUGUGAAACUUGUCAAGUCUCUUCGACCUCCCAACGUGGAACGUAAGGUCAUCGUAGACGCUGUCCGGAACAACAUCACGCCGAAGCCGUCCGCACUCAAAUCAAGGAGUACCACUUCGCACACCUUGAAAAGCAUGUCAUCCCAAGCACUGAGGGAUUCUUACAAAGAGAAAUUUGUGCGCGCACAUAUUUGGAUUUAUUUGGAUUAUCAUUUUACAGGGAAAGUUUCUCCUCCUCAAGUAGAAAAAACAUAUCGUUUUCUUCAGUCAGACUUGAUUCAGGGCGAGACCCUGUUAGAUGUGGGCAGCGGCCCGAUGAUUUUGAACUCGCUCAUGGCUUCCAAUCGAUUCAAGCACAUCGUGCUGAGCGAUUUGGUUGAAGACAACAGGCUGGAACUCAGCAAGUGGAUAAACAGAGAUGCAGAUGCCAUUGACUGGAGCCCCUAUGCAGAGCAGAUUGCUGCCUUUGAAGGCUAUGGGGACAUCAAGAGGGGGGCGAUGGAAAUACUCGAGCGCACACGCUCAGCCAUUCGCAAGGUGGUACACUGCGAUGUGCUGGAACCCGGAGUGCUCCCGGUAGAACCCAACGAUACCUUCGACGUCGUUCUUUCCACCGGGUGCCUUGAAUUGACUGCAGCUGACCACGAAUCAUAUCGAAGGGUGGUCUGCAAUGUGGCAACCCUCGUCAAACCUGGAGGUCUGCUUGUCAUGUUUGGAAUAGGUGGUGUAAAAAUAUUUCCCCUAGGGAACAUUAAUUUUAAUGCCCCGAACCUUACCGAAAAUGUACUAAAAGAAGCCUUGACAGACGAUGGCCCCCGGCUAGAACUAUUCCUACCCAAACAAAUUGGGUGUUUAGGGGGAAGUUCAGACGCAUUCAUGUUUAGACUGGUGGCCCGCAAAGCCUGAUUCAAGGAACUGCACUUCAUUUUGUGCAACGUGCAUUCCUUUGACCCUUUUAUGCGUUUUUGCGUUUAAUACGCGGACCUGCGGAAAUAAAGCUUUGUUAUUCGCUUUCUUUCUGUGAAGCACAAUGAAGCCAAAUAAAAUACGAUCUAGUACUC